UAUCUCAAAGUUUUUCAGACGCUCUUUGGAUGAAAUUCAUGCACAAGUGCAUUUAUUUGAACAUUAACAUAUUUACACAUAUGUGAUAAACAGAAGCCUGUCAUGUCACCCAACACUGACUUGGAGAGACUGCCAAAGAGGACGAGUAAAACACAUUGUAAACAGGAGACAGAACAUGGAUGUUCGAAACAUGGAAAUGAUCGAAAAUCAAAUAUGUGCCGAAUUCGAGACAGAGCAUUUAGUAGCAACAUUAAACGGAGCGCUGCUGUCGCCUGGGCUUUGUUUCUAGUCGGAUGGUUAAAAGGAAUUAUAGGUCCAUCAUUUCCGGAGAUACUGUACCUGACAGAAACAUCUCUAGAGAAAGGUUCGGCCUACCUGACAGUUCUAUACACGUGUAAAAUACUAGGCCAUGCCCUUGGAGGCCUAUUGUACGAUAAACUGGACAGAAACUUGUACACUGCGAUGAUGACUGUCCUCAACGCCUUCGUGCUAAUGGUCUUCCCUUGGUGUCGUAUAUACGGAAGUAUGAUUACGAUGUAUGGCCUACAUGGUCUUAUGAUUUCAUCCUUGGAAUUAGGGUUGAUAACAGACAUUGUGAAUUUAUGGGAUGGAGAAGCGCGGCAGACAUACCUUCAAAUUACAAUGUUUAUUUUUUCAAUUGCAACAAUCGCGUCGCCCCUAGCAAUUAUUCCAUUCCUGAUGACGAACUUCACGACUGCUACAGGAAAUAUAUAUAAUGGAGGCGAUUUCCAAAGGAUACAAAAUUUCACUUAUGAUCAUAACAAAACUGGAAAUUCCCAUCUGAUGUAUUUACUAAACACAUCAAAUAUCACCAGUGCAGGCAACCAGACAUUUUCAAAUAUUAGUAUGUCGUCUAGAACUUCCGAUAUGAUUGAACAGCAGUCCAAUCUUUACCUUGGGUUUACAUUAGCUGCCUUUCUGGUCUUGACUGGUGGAGUUCCAUUUGCGUGCUUUUAUUUCUCUCAAAGAUGUUCAAAAAAAUCUUCAUAUGUUCAGAAUGAACCGUCCAGAGAUUCAUUUAUAUUGUCUAAGUCUGAGGAUGAAACCACAAAUGAUGUUGUAUGUAGUUAUGAAGAAGAAACAAAAGUCGAUGAAGAAGUUGCUGUUAUGUUGUGUCCCGAAUCAAGUGAGGUCCACCCAGCCGUAUCGAAGUGUGAUGUUACCAUAGAACCGACAAGGAGAUUACUUUGUACCCAGCCGUCGGUGAUUCUCCUGUUCAUCGUGUCAUGUGUGUUUGGAGCUCUUCACAGUGCUAUGGAAAUAUCUAUGAGCGACAUGCUGCCAGUAUUUUGUCAACAGUUCUUAAAAUGGCCUGCAUCCCAGGCUGCCAUGGCUGUAUCGUUGUUGUAUUUCUUCUUAACAGUAGGCCGGAUAAUAUGUGCAGUCCUAGUAAAGUUAAUAGCCUUGACGAAAGUUAUCGGGAUCUUUGUGGUAUUUAUAAUCCUCGGGAGCGCUGGUUUAUCCGUUAGUGCAAACGUUUAUUCUACGCCAGGAACCUGGGUAUCUAUAGGAGUUAUCGGUCUUGGUGUAUCUGCCUGUUAUCCGUCACAGUUGGGAUGGACAAGCAAGUACCUAAUACCACUGACUGGGAAGCUGACCGCCGUACUCCUGUGUACUAUGUACGUUGGUUCCGUAGUCGCUCCGCCCUUAAUGAGUUACCUGAUGACGAAUUACAGUUACCCGUUCUUCUGUUACGGUAUGAUAGCCAUGGCUGUUAUUACCUUUGUCUGUGUAUUAUUGAUGGCUCUUUAUGUUAGCAAAGUGGAACAAAAUAACAACAUACGUCACCAGGGAUGACGUCUGUAUCAGUAAUCCCGCAAACACAAAAAUACACAAGUAACAGCAAUUUACAAAAAACUAACUUUUUUACUACAAACGAUUAUCAUCAUUCAUUGUCAAACUCUAUCUUAUAAAGUCCAUACUUGAAGGUGCUUAGCAUUUGUCUUUCACAAUCUUUCGUCACUGCUGUGUGCUCCAUAAUUUUAGUCUGUGAUGUUCGCCGAAAUCAAAGAUGACAUGUAUAAAAUCCUAUGAUUGAAGGCAAUGAUUAAAAAUACAUGUAUACAUACAUUUUCUACUACAGGAUAAAUGUUGACACAGGUGAAACAUUUAUAAAGCAAGUUGAUCUCCCAGUCAAUAAAAUCGUUUACUCCAGGAUUUCUCUCUCUGUCUCUAUAAAAUGUUUAGGCCUACUUUAUAUAAAAUGUUUAGGUGUACUUGAUUUCCAGGAUUACUUUUACCGUCUAUAUAAAUGUUUAGGUGUACUCGAUUCCCUGGAUUUCCCUCUCCGUCUAUGUAAAAGUCUAGGUGUACUUGAUUUCCAGGAUUACUUUCACUGUCUUUAUAAUUGUUUAGGUGUACUUGACUCCCGGGAUUACUUUGACCGUCUAUAUAAAUGUUUAGGCCUACUUGAUUUCCAGGAUUCCACUCUCCGUCUAUAUAAAUGUUUAAGUGUAUUUGAUAUCCAAAAUUCCUCUUUCCGUCUAUAAAAAUGUUUAAAAAGGCUUACUUGAUUCCAAUGUUUGACAUUUGUAUUUCUUUUUCAAACUUAAACUGUGUUUAUGUAAUGCCUAUUAGUUAAUGCAGCAAAUUGACAUAAAAAUGACUAAAAUGUCACACUCAGUACCAAAUUGAAUGAAGCAAUAUAUCUGUACAUGUUAUGACGAAAUAUAUACGACAGUGUAUUAUUUCCUUAUACACAGGGUGUGUUUUAUCUAACACCGGUAGAGGACAAGGAUCCCCAUAUUUAAUGUACUUUUUCGCCACAUUGAGAUGAAAAAAAAACAACUGUGGAAGUUUAUUUCCACAUAAAUAUAUGUCAAUAUAAUGGAUCUUACUACUAAACCCUUCUAAAAAUAGCAUUCAAAAAACAAUAAGUCCGUCAAUCAUAUGGUUGUCGCAGUCAUGUUUGCAAACAGGGCUAUUGUCGCCAGGUCUGAAACAACCAUUUCGUAAAGGGCGAGCAGAAUAUUUACACCUUUCAAUAUAGAUUGAGAGUUAAUGACUUAAUCAUUUGAAUAACUUAAGUCAAUGCAUUCUACCUUCAAAUAUCAUAUUGUUUCGUUAGAUUCCUGAAAGUACGUGGAUGUGGUGGUAGAGAAUUGAAAUAUCGUUUUACAAAAGCGGUCUGAUUGCUAUCAUGCAAGUAUUAUAUUUUUAGUAACUAUUUUACAUAUGAUAACGUAUUCAUAACAAUCACAUCUUAUAAUACCAUGAUACUUAAUUGUCUGAGAAAAGCAUCGCAACAAUGCAACCUAGUUAACAAGGAGCUCAGCGCUCGGAAACAGAAUCAGGAACAGUACCAAAGACAGAAUAGACAUUACAUGGUGCCACUUGUGUAGAGAGCGUGUGGUAUGUGGUCUACUCUGCUACUACAUAUUAAUUCAAAGUAUUAUCUAAUGAUUAUAUGUAUGCAAUUUCAUAUCAUUACUCUAGGUGGAAAAUGUGUAUCGCUUUAGUAUUAUGUAACAUGUACACUGUAGAGUGUGAGAUUUUGUGUAAAUGUAUCAUGUAUAUGUAUAUAUGUUUGUUAAAAACCGAUGGACCGAAAGGCCUAAGGUAAUAAAAGAAUUGAAUCGAAUAGCUAGUUAUCAUAAUACUAAUACAUUGGUUAUUUCUGUCAUAACAUGUUCUGACUGAACACAUGUACAUUUCUUUAACUCCAUAUGUUAUAUAAUAAACAUAUGGAUUUUAAAAA